UAUAUAUCCUACCAUAUGAUAAAUAUGUCAUAUCAAGCCUUUCCUCAACUGUAGUACAGACUGAGAUCAUACAGUUUUUCCAUGUACUUCUGGAAGCGGUGACAAAACUACAGUCCUGCCUGGCCGCGGUCUAAAUCUAUGAGGGACGGAGACUGCAGCUCUCGCGUUUAUUUUUAGAGCCUCAAACCGUGGGUGCGCGGUUCAGCUGUCGUCUGGUAGAAAAAGCCAUAUCUCCGCUGCUUUCUGAAACUAAUUCCCACCAGGGACGGAAACAUGGACACACCUUCCAAAGCUAAAAACCAAAUCGGAGAGACCAACCAAGUGCACCAGCUGUGUGGAUUUUAUGUCCGCCAGAACUACACGGCGCAGAGGAAGUAGCUUAUUCUGACUGAAAUGGGAAUUAUUUAGACUUUUUCUAGCCUUCUCACACAUGAGUUAGUUCACAAGCUAAAUGGAACAUGGCUGACGGCGGAGAUGAUGGAGACGUGGAUGAGCCGCCCAAUAUGGGUUAUCCCUUGGUCACUAUCACGGAGCUACCCGGCAGCACAGCGGCAGGUCGUAAUCUGAAAGAAUGGCUGCAGGAGCAGUUCAGUGAUAAUCCCCUGGAGCCAUGUGAGGAUAUGCGCCUCCACAACGCUGCUUACGUGGGAGACCUGGACACCCUCAAAUCCCUCUUGCAGGAAGACACUUUCAAAGAUCGGAUCAAUGAGAAAUCGGUGUGGUGCUGUGGCUGGCUGCCCUGCACCCCGCUGCGAAUCGCGGCCACUGCCGGGCACGGGGCCUGUGUGAGCUACCUGAUCCAGCAGGGGGCGGAGGUGGACCUGGUGGACGUGAAGGGACAGACUGCCCUUUAUGUGGCUGUGGUUAAUGGCCAUCUGGACUGUGUGAAGAUCCUGCUGGAGGCUGGCGCUAACCCCAACGGCAGCCGGCACCACCGCAGCACGCCGGUGUACCACGCGGCCAGGGUGGGCAGGGUGGACAUCCUGCGGGAACUCAUCAGGUUCAACGCCGAUGUGAAUGUGGACCACCAGCUCAUGCCCAGUCCCCUGUUCGGCGCCCGCACUCUGUCCUCCCUGGUGGUGUGCCCGCUGUACAUCAGCGCCGCCUAUCACCACCUGCAGUGCUUCCGGCUGCUUCUGCAGGCCGGCGCCAACCCCGAUUACAACUACACCGGCCCCGUGAGCUGCGAGGCCCUGUGCAGGGGCCUGGCUUCCUGUCUGCUGGACGCGGUGCUGAAACACGGGUGCGAGCCGGCCUUCGUCAGCCUGCUGAUAGGUCACGGGGCCAACCCCGCCCUGGUGCCCUGGGAGGUGCCCGACCCUGACGCCGCAGGCAGGAUGAGGGUCAACUCCGAGGCCCUGCUCAUCUUCCAGGAGUCCAGAAGGAAUCCCCAGAGACUGAGCCAUGUUUGUCGCAUCUCCAUCCGGAGAGCCCUGGGGAAGCGGCGCCUGGCAUACAUCCCCUCUCUCCCUCUGCCCGAUGCUGUCAAACUCUUCCUGCUGCAUGACAACUGUUGAGGCCCCCUGCCUCCUUCUGCCGCCAGCUCCUCCCUUCUGCCCCCAGCUCCUGCCUUCCGCCCGCAGCUCCUGCCUUCUGUCCCAGCCCCUACUCUUAGUCCCCAGCUCCUGCCUACUGCCCCCAGUUCCUGCCUUCUGCCCCCACUCCUGCCGUCUGCCCCCAGCUCCUGCCCCCAGCUCCUGCCUCCAACGCCCAGCCCCUCCUUCUGCCCCCAGCUCCUGCCUUGUGACCCCAGCUCCUGCCUUCCGCCCCCAGCCCCUGCCUCCUGCCCCCAGCUCCUGCCUCCAACGCCCAGCCCCUCCUUCUGCCCCCAGCUCCUGCCUUGUGCCCCCAGCUCCUGCCUUCAACGCCCAGCCCCUCCUUCUGCCCCCAACUCCUGCCUUCUGCCCCUAGCUCCUGCCUUCCGCCCCCAGCCCGUGCCUCCUGCCCCCAGCUCCUGCCUCCAACGCCCAGCCCCUCCUUCUGCCCCCAGCUCCUGCCUUCUGCCCCUAGCUCCUGCCUUCCGCCCCCAGCCCGUGCCUCCUGCCCCCAGCUCCUGCCUCCAAUGCCCAGCCCCUCCUUCUGCCCCCAGCUCCUGCCUUCUGCCCCUAGCUCCUGCUUCUUUCUCUGCCCCAGCUUUCUCCCAGUGUUUUUGAGUUGUACCUCCCUGGCCACACGUUCCGUGUUGUCUGUCUGCAGGGGCGAAUCUAUCUGCUGCAUCCGACCGCGUCCCCCUUUAAAGCACUAUUUACACCAGGGGUGUCAAGCUCUGCCUCUGGAGAGCCGCAGUAUCUGCUGGUUUUCAGUUUGUUCUUUAAGUGAUUGGCUGAACUGUCAACCUUGCUCUCAAGGCCUUAUUUAGCUGGUGAUUGAAAGGAAACCAGAAAUACCUGGUGUACUGCGUUCACCUAGGACUCGAGUUUGACACACCUGGUUUGCACUAACCGAGAGCCAGAUAAACAAGCUGGAAACACUGAACACUGGCUGGCCUUAGCCUAGACAUGGCAGGUCUAUGCCUGGGCUGUGCCAUUAACCCAUUAUGACUGUGACUGAUUUCAAUAUGCAAAUCAGUGACUGUGGAAAAACAGGUUCAUAAACAUUUGUCCAAACAAACACUCCCCUUGGGGUUUUUAUUUUGCCUUCGAAGCAAACCAUUUUGGAAUGACAUAGUUCAUAUGUGACAUAACAAUGAGCACAACCUUUUAUCUGCCUCAGGACUCCCAUUAUUGAGAAAAUUUUCAAGAUCAAUGGGAAAUUUAAAGUUACUUUACGUGGAUAUUAUGAGUACAUCGUUAUUUUAAAAUAAAUGUCGCAAACAGCGAUGAUUGCUAUGUGCUCUCUUGAUGAAUGGUUAGAAUUACUCUAGUUGAGCAGGCAGACAGAGAUCUCCUCAUGCAGCUCUGUGUGUUUGGUUUGUUCCCUGGAUUGCACAUUUACAGUCAACUCUGCAUUUCCAGUAUCAUUCAAUGAAACCCAAUGUUUUUUCUCUCUGUAAUACUGUGAAAUUGUGUUUAAAAAAUGAGUGCGAAGUAAAAAUCUUGGCUGCAAGAUGCUGAGUUACACCCAAAUCCAGAAAAAAACAUGCUAGAGUUCCCUCCGAGAAGGUUCCCUCUAUCAGAGUUCCCACUUAGACAGAUCCCUCUAUCAGAGUUCCCCCUUAGACAGUUCCCUCUAUCAGAGUUCCCACUUAGACAGUUCCCUCCAUUAGAGUUCCCACUUAGACAGAUCCCUCUAUCAGAGUUCCCCCUUAGACAGAUCCCUCUAUCAGAGUUCCCACUUAGACAGAUCCCUCUAUCUGAGUUCCCACUUAGACAGAUCCCUCUAUCAGAGUCCCCCCUUAGACAGAUCCCUCUAUCAGAGUUCCCCCUUAGACAGAUCCCUCUAUCAGAGUUCCACCUUAGACAGAUCCCUCUAUCUGAGUUCCCCCUUAGACAGAUCCCUCUAUCAGAGUUCCCACUUAGACAGAUCCCUCUAUCAGAGUUCCCCCUUAGACAGAUCCCUCUAUCAGAGUUCCCCCUUAGACAGAUCCCUCUAUCAGAGUUCCCCCUUAGACAGAUCCCUCUAUCAGAGUUCCCCCUUAGACAGAUCCCUCUAUCUGAGUUCCCCCUUAGACAGACCCCUCUAUCAGAGUUCCCACUUAGACAGAUCCCUCUAUCAGAGUUCCCCCUUAGACAGAUCCCUCUAUCAGAGUUUCCCCUUAGACAGAUCCCUCUAUCAGAGUUCCCCCUUAGACAGAUCCCUCUAUCUGAGUUCCCCCUUAGACAGACCCCUCUAUCAGAGUUCCCACUUAGACAGAUCCCUCUAUCAGAGUUCCCCCUUAGACAGAUCCCUCUAUCAGAGUUCCCCCUUAGAUCCCUCUAUCAGAGUUCCCCCAUAGCCAGUUCCCUCAAUGAGAGCUCCCUCUGUCCUUUGUGAAAAUUCCCCACAUUAGUGUAGUGGAGAAUACAUCUCAGUUAGUGUAAGAAGUGCAGUCCUUCUACAGCUUUAUUCACACUCUCAAUAUUAUAUGCAACCUACAGUUUGUGUGCUUUGGUCGCAAAGUCUGAAAAUUUUCAGACUUUCUCAGCUUGCUUCCAGAGAAGGUGUUUAUGAAGGUAAUAAACAUGACUUGCUGAAUGCUCA